GAAGAAAAUCAAAGAGAACCCUAGCCCUAGGAUCCUUGCCGCCGCCGUCCCCAGGUUCUCGGCGCCUCCACUUCUUCUUCUUCUCGCUGUUCGGAACCCAGGUAGCUUGGUUCGUCAUCCCCAUCUUCCCUGUCUUCUCUGUUCGUGGCUUGGAGCAGCUCGCCGUUGGGUCGCCGCUUGCUGUCGCCUUGCCUAUUGUCGUCGUCUCGUCGGUUUCCAUCCGUGUCUCCGUCGAAGGUUCAGUAUUGGCUUCAACUUUCAAAUAGGAAUUGGGAGCUGGUGAAGAUAAUAACAUCUUCUGGAACUGAGUCUGUUGUUUCACUGCCUGAUAGAAAAUCUUUGACACAAAAAAAUCACAAGAGGAUAGUGUGAAGGCAGAUUGUUGUGAUGGAUCUACAAGGCUUGCCUGCGAGUCAUGGAUUCCACAUGCCUGCGGAGUGGGAACCUCACACUCAAUGUUGGAUGGGUUGGCCUGAACGCCCAGAUAACUGGAGAGAGAAUGCUGUUCCUGCUCAAGAUGUGUUUGCCAAGGUAGCAUCUGCAAUCUCAAGAUUUGAGGAUGUAACUGUUUGUGCUAGUUCUGGCCAGUGGGAGAAUGCCAGGAGAAUGCUACCUGAACAUAUCAGGGUCCUUGAGAUCAGCAUGAAUGAUUCUUGGUUUCGUGACACCGGACCAACUUUUGUUGUGAAAAGAUCAGAGUCUGGUAAGCAAACUAUUGCAGGAAUUGACUGGAAUUUUAAUAGCUGGGGAGGGUUAGAAGAUGGAUGUUAUACUGAUUGGAGUUUGGACAUCCUUGUUGCUAGGAAGAUUUUGGCAAUCGAGAGGGUUCAUAGAUUUUCACAUUCAAUGAUACUUGAAGGUGGAAGCAUACAUGUUGAUGGAGAAGGUACUUGCCUUACCACUGAAGAAUGUCUCUUGAACAAGAACAGAAAUCCUCAUAUGAGUAAGAACCAAAUAGAGGAUCAACUUAAGACAUAUCUUGGAGUCAGCAAGAUUAUAUGGUUGCCCCGUGGAUUGUAUGGAGAUGAUGAUACUAAUGGCCAUAUUGAUAACAUGUGCUGUUUCACUAGGCCUGGUGUGGUUUUGCUGUCUUGGACUGAUGAUGAAAGUGAUCCUCAAUAUGAAAGAUCUAUGGAAGCAUAUUCUCUGCUUUCUAAUGAAACUGAUGCCAAUGGUAGAAAAUUUGAAAUCAUUAAACUCCAUGUUCCUGGACCACUAUAUAUGACAGAGAAAGAGGCAGCUGGAGUAGUUCAAGGUGAUGAUGGUAAGGCAAGACUUCCAGGUACUAGGCUUGCUGCUUCCUUUGUGAACUUUUACAUUGCAAAUGGAGGUAUCAUUGUACCACAAUUCGGAGAUAAGAAGUGGGACGAUGAAGCUGUUCGAGUCCUAUCAAAGGCCUUCCCAGAUCACAAAGUUGUUGGAAUCGAAGGUUCGAGGGAGAUUGUUUUAGCUGGUGGAAAUAUACACUGCAUUACUCAGCAACAACCAGCCUCUUGAGCAAAGUACUGUCAACAUUUGUUCAUAUGAGUGUUGUAUUUGCAUUGAAAUUUGUAGUCUCUGGAUCAUUGAUUAAACUGCUGGGUUCAUUCCAUUAAUCUUCAAAUGAUUGAUCCACAUAGAGGCACAAAAGUGUGUUUAAGUGUAUUGAAAUAAAAAUUGUGACAUAGGUCUUUGAACGGCUAAAAUUUUAUCUAAGCUAUUAGAUCCUUGGACAAAUUUUGAUAAAUCAUUGUUCAAAGACUUAAUUGUUUCAUGCAAUUUUUCAUUUUCAGCAAUAACUUUGGCAAGAUUAGAUGUAGAAUUUUCUUGUAAGUUCUUAAUUUCAGUUUUCAAAGCAUCCAUUUCUCUUUUUAAAACA